AUCAUCUGUUGCAGUAUCUUUCUAGCGGCCAGACGGUGAAACAACGUUCACUAAUGGCGAUCGGCUGCUAACUGCUGAAACUUGACGCUCGAAGCAUGGGGGAGUGUUGUGUUUACAUUGCGAGUGCCAUAGUUUUAUGAACUCCAGCGCUUGUGGUGUCAAACCGUGUCACCUGCGAAAUCAUUUCAGAAAUUCGUUGCGCCGUCAGUUCCCUGAAAUCUUCACCGGCAUCGAGUGUAGUCGGCGCAUACUGUGAGAUCUCAACACUUUCCCAGCCGACUGAACGAUGUCUCGACAAACUGUGCGGAGUGCAGAUCCCAAGAAAGUGAGCUCCGAGCUCUUCACACUUACCUAUGGCUCACUGGUGGCUCAGAUGCUGAAGGAUUAUGAGAGCGACGAGGAAGUUAACAAGCAGUUGGACAGAAUGGGCUACAACAUAGGACUUAGGCUGAUUGAAGAUUUCCUGGCGCGAACAAAUGUGGGCAGGUGUUACGACUUUCGAGACACUGCUGAAAAACUUCAGAUGGCCUUCAAGAUGUACUUGGGCAUAAGUCCUUCCAUCACUAACUGGAGCCCAGCAGGAGACGAGUUCUCUCUUAUUCUUGAAAGCAAUCCACUCACUGAAUUUGUAGAGUUGCCUGAGAGUCAUGCUACCCUGAAGUACAGCAACAUCAUUCCUGGAGUGAUUCGAGGAGCACUUGAAAUGUGUUUCCCGUUGAAGCAGCCGUGGUUCAUGGUGUACCGUAACUACGAAGCGGACCCUUUCUUCGGCCUGGCAGCGAAGUGCGUCCGCGUCAGCCCUACGGACGUCCCGUACGUCGACAACGCCACACACGUCAAGGUGGAGUUCGGCGACCACGACAGCCUUGACCUGAGCGUUCAGCUGGUUCCCACCAGUGGUUAUCGGCACCAAAAUGCCCUCCGUGUAUCGCCGACAGGAGGAGCGCAGGUGGAGCUUGACCUGCCGGUUGAUUACGUGGACUGCAACUCCUGCAAGAUCCUCAGACAUCCAUACGCAGGAAAGACAGCGUGCAGUUUGAUGGUCACAGGCGAGCACGUCGCAAAUCCUCCCAGCGCCUGUCACUUUAUCUACAGGCUGUUCUGCGGCGCUACGAAAAUUCCCAUCUACGACGAAAGCUGCAAGAAACACCACUGAUCAAUCGAAUCUCUGCCACACCCCCUCGGCACUGCCACGUGCGUGCCAGAUGUUUCAUUUGGAAUUAAUACAAUAUCACCUAUGGCA